CCCCCCGAAGGCUCACCCGCACCGCGACAAUGUCCGCCAACGACUCCUUCCUGCACCUGGCGCGCCCCCUCGGCCCAGCCCCCGUCGGCGCCCAGCCCUCGACCGCCCCGCUGAACGUCGUCAUCCAGCCGCAGGCCGUCUUCUCCAUCCUCGACCACUCCAUCCGCCGCCCCGCCGACCAGGAGCGCGUCAUCGGCACCCUGCUCGGCACCCGCAGCGAAGACGGCACCGAGAUCGAGAUCCGCAACUGCUAUGCCGUGCCCCACACCGAGACGGCCGAGCAGGUCGAGGUCGACAUGGACUACCAGAAGCAGAUGCUCGCCCUGCACCUGCGCGCGAACCCCCGCGAGGUCCUCGUCGGCUGGUACGCGACCAGCAGCGACCUGAACACCUUCUCCGCCCUCAUCCAGAACUUCUACAGCCAGCAGGGCGACGGCACAUGGCCCCACCCCGCCGUCCACCUCACCGUCUCCACCGUCCCCGGCGAGGACAUCGAGUCGCGCACAUACAUCUCCGCCCCUAUUGGCGUCACCGCCGAGCGCGCCGCCGACUCGUGUCUGUUCAUCCCAGUGCCCCACGAGAUCAAGUACGGCGAGGCAGAGAAGUCGGGGCUGGAGCUCAUUUCCUCGGCCAAGGACCGCGAGGACCGCUCGCAGGAGAUUGUCACCGACCUCGACUCGCUGGAGCGCGCCAUCCAGCAGGUUCUCGACAUGCUCGAGCGCGUCUCCAACUACGUCAACAACGUCCUGGACGAGGAGGCUGAGCCCUCAUCCGCCCUGGGCCAGUUCUUGAUGAACGCACUCAGCCUGGCACCAAAGGUGGACCCUGCCGACAUUGAGCGCGACUUCAACAACCACAUCCAGGACGUCCUCGUCGUCUCGUACCUCGCAAACACCAUCCGCACCCAAAUCGACCUUUCGAACCGCCUCGCAACCGCAGCCCUCACCCUCGGCGGCGGCGACGCUCUUGCAGGCGAGGGCCAGAAGGACAGCGGCGACAACCGGCAAAAAGGCGGCGAUCGACGGGGCGGCGGUGGCGGCGGCGGCAACAAGGGUAGGCAGCAGCGGGGACAGGAGGCAUGAGCAUGAUUUACGACACAUAUCUUACAAGAGCUUGGGUUUGGCGUUUGGACCAAGGCACGCGAUGGGGUUCUGCUGAGAAGAGGAAUAUCGUCUCGGCGAACAGGGGCGACAGUGCCAGAACGAGGGAGUGGGGCCGAGACCAGUUUUAGACGCGUAAAAGGGGGCAACGCCGUAUCAUGAUGAUGAUGGUGAUGAUGGGAUUGUAAGCAAAGUGCUUGCGUUGUGGAACGGAACGGAACAUAUAGGGAGUGGAGUGGAGUGGAGUGGAGUGUAUAUGGGGGGGCGUUCUGUAUCUGUAUGAUUAGGCAGAUCUUCCCCUACUCGCGCUUCCGUUGAGCUCGGGAAAGAAGCUCGCGAAAUGAAAUAUGUUAAAUCCUU